CGCAUAUCUCAGUCACUAGUUGUUAAAUACCAAUCUCAUCAAACUCAAAAUGAACACUCUCAGACCCGAGCAUUCUCGCAUCACCACGAGUCACCACAGACAAGAGGACCAACUUACACUCAAAAGCUUUACCUCUGACGUCGAAGAAGCUGUCAACAACAUUCAACCCUCCCGCAGCAACUAUGAACAAGUGGAAGUAUUCGCAUUCCACUUCGAGGACGAUACCACCGGUGUCGAAGCGCUCGAGAGUGAACUUCUCGAUGUCUUCAAGCGGAUAUACAACUACCGUACAACUUCCUUUGUCAUCCCAUCGAUCCAACCCCGACCACAUUUAAAUCACAAAAUGAUCAACUGGAGUUUCCCGCGGGCGCAUUCGAAAAGCCUGAGAAUCUACGUCUUCUCUGGUUACGGGGCUUCCGCCUCCAUCACCGGUCCGGGUUGGUGGAUUGGAGGACAAGCUGAUCGAUACGGGCGGCUGGUUAGACCGCAGAUAAAUAUCAAGGAUAUGCUCGAUCCCUGCAAUGACCUGGAUGGUGACGUUUUGUACCUGUUUGACUGUGGCUCAGCGGGUCCAGCCGCCAUGAGAGAUGGACCCGAGGCUCUCACGGCUGGUGGAUGGGAGCCGACUUCCAAUACCAACCGGUAUUUCACAAGAGUACUAAUAGAUACACUAAAGGACAUACAAGGCCAACCCGUCACAGUCGCCCAGAUAUUUGCCGCGGGAGCCUGCCCUCUCCAUAUCCCAAAGUUGGGCAGACCAAGCAUCACACUCCAACCACUCAACCGCACCAUAAGCAGUCCAAGUCCACCGAUUCCUAGCCGAGAAAAAGUCCUGCUGAGCAUCAUCUUGAGCGGAGAAGCAUCUCCGCCCAAUGUGGCAGAGUGGUACCAAUGCCUGACGUAUCUUCUGGACGUUGACGUGAAGAUUGAGGCUAUCUUUCGGCCGUGUCGGCUGCUGCUUAGUGUUCUGGUUGAGGUGUGGACGAUGCUGCCGUUGAACCAGAACUAUGUGUUGAUUGGUCGUGUGACCUCACAUAAUACCUUCGGCCAGACCGUGCCUUAUCGAGCAGCUUCGAUGAUACGAUAAAGAUUGAUGUCAGACGCGCGAGCUGGCAUACUACAAGGAGAUUUCCACCCCUGCGAGAGCUCAAGAGACUGCCAAGGAAGGGCCGAGGGCCACGGUGCAGAUUGUGUCGUAAUUAUUGG